AUGAGGCGUGUGAGAGACUGCGAGGAGAGCUCAGAGCAGAGUUUGAAACCAGAGAAAGAAGAGCGGAAGAAAGAAGAGGAUUUGACUGUGGAGUCCUCUUUGCCCUUCACCCCUCCCUUGCUCUUCAGCACGGGCGAUGACAUCUCUGUCUCAGUGUUAAACAUCAUUUCCUCGUCCGCGGGGGUCCUUUUGUCUGCUGCAGCUAACCGAGUUUCCCUGCAGCUGCCCUCCUAUGUGCCCGACCGUAAUGCAAUCAUCUCGCACCAUUUGUUUCACCGCGAGACCUGCCAUUCCAUCAUUCGCUUCUAUGUCUACACGGCUCCAAACCGUUCACUGAAGCAAGUUGUACUAUUCAAGUUCCACCUCUAG